UUAAAUUAAAGAAGUGCUUAAAAGGAAAAAAGAAACCCUCAAAGUAAGAAGGAGAUACGCAAAUAUUGUUCUCCUCAGCUUUUGAAAUAUUCUUCUUCUUAUCUAGAUCUACAAUAUUGCUUCAAGAAAGAAAAUUCUUUGUUGUUAUUACUAGUGAUUUAAAAAGAAAAAAAGUGGUUGAUUCCUUUUCAAGUAAUACGAUUUUAUAGCCGCUUGAUUCUUGCCCAGAAUCGAAGCGUUUCAUCACCAAAAGUGAUAGAUAUUGACGAAAAUUUUAAGUUUAUUGAAGAAAUUGAAACAAACAAAAAAAAACUGAAUCGUAGUAUGUUUGUUUGGUGAUGGGGUCAGGCAAAGGCGCGACUUCUUCUGCCCAACAAAUGGAAUCGUCUGUCCAAGAUCUUCGUGAGAGAUAUAGGCUAGAAUUGGAAAAUUUAACAUUGACUACACAGCCAGUCAAGACAUUAAGGUUUUUCCUUCUGGCUAUCCUUCAAUAUAUCAAGCGAUCAGCAUCAUAUCUUUUGGCAAAGGGUGGUUGGCUUAUGCUUUCAAGCACUCUAAUAGCAGUUCUUGGAAUUUUGCUUGUGACUAUUGAGGGCCCUCAUGAAAAGCAUGUUGAGGAAGUUUCUCAGUAUGUUCGAUUUGGAUUAUGGUGGAUUGCACUUGGUGUUGCAUCUUCAAUUGGUCUUGGAUCUGGUCUGCACACUUUUGUCCUUUAUUUGGGUCCUCAUAUUGCCUUGUUUACAAUAAAAGCAAUGCAAUGUGGACGAAUAGACCUGAAAAGUGCUCCAUAUGAUACAAUACAGUUGAAGAGAGUUCCUUCAUGGCUGGAUAAACCCUGCAGAGAGUUUGGGCCCCCGUUAUUUUCAUCAUCACAUGGGUCAAGGGUUCCUAUUAGCAGUAUAUUGCCGCAGGUGCAGAUUGAGGCUAUUUUAUGGGGUCUUGGGACUGCACUUGGAGAGCUUCCUCCUUACUUUAUCUCGAGGGCAGCUAGUGUAUCAGGAAGAAAAAUUGAAGCCAUGGAAGAAUUGGAUCAUUCCUCAAGCGAGGAUAAUGGAUUCAUAGCUACUCACCUGAAGCAGAUCGAGCACUGGCUGUUAUCUCACUCUCAACACAUGAACUUCUUCACCAUUUUACUGCUAGCCUCGAUCCCAAAUCCUCUAUUUGACCUUGCUGGCAUCAUGUGUGGACAAUUUGGGAUACCAUUCUGGAAGUUCUUUCUUGCUACAUUGAUUGGGAAGGCAAUCAUUAAAACUCACAUACAGACUGUAUUUAUCAUCUCUGUCUGUAAUAAUCAACUCCUUGACUGGAUAGAGAAUGAAUUGAUCUGGAUUCUCAGCUUCAUACCCGGAUUUGAUUCUUACUUGCCCACACUCACGGCAAAACUUCAUUCAGUCAAAGAGAAGUACUUGGCUGCCCCACCUCCGGUGCCUUCAAAUAUCAAGGACAAGUGGGACUUUUCAUUUGCUUCGAUUUGGAAUACCAUCGUGUGGCUUAUGCUUAUGAACUUCUUUGUCAAGAUUGUCAAUGCGACUGCUCAGAAGUAUCUGAAAAAGCAACAGGAUAAGUCACUUGCGGAAAUAUUACCUGAUUCAACACAUUCAGAUUCGUAAUUCGACGAAAGCACUCAUCAUCCUUUUUCGUUUUUCUUAUUUACAAGUAGCUUUAUUGAAUUAGAAGUGAAUUCUCCUUCAUGAAUUACCAUUAGAGCUAUCCACUAUAAGAAGCUUGUAUAUAUAUAUAAAAGAAAAAAUUGGAAAAAAAAAACCAUAGACAAACAGAAGAUACAUGUUUUAGUUAUAAUUGUUUCGGGCUGUUUUUCACCCAUUGUUGACUGUAAAAUUUGGAUGAAUGCAAGAAAAACUAUCUGCCUUCAACUUCA